GCGCAUCUUCUUUUCACCGGACCGCUUCCCCCUUUCCUCUUUACCGCCAUUGCUCUCCCAUCGGCGGGAACGUAUUUCGUCGAGUAUUGCGGAUUACACGAGUCCUCUUAGUGUCGGUUGAGAAGCCGCUGGGAUUAAUCGGAGCUCCGAUGGACGUGGACGGCUCGCGCUUGGGCCGUGUAUAUAAUUCCUUGUAAUGAUACUUUUGUUCGAGCAUCCCGGCGUUCGCGGCGAUAACCGAUUUAUAGCAGCGCGGCAAAAUGCAAAUGAGAACGGGUGUGAAUCGGCGAACCGAGUCGAGGCGGCGAGAGCUUUUAGCAGAGGCCGGCGAGAAGAGAGAGGGAGAGAGAGAGAGAGAGAGAAAACACAAUUGUUGUCCGACGUUGCGUGGCAACGUAGCGUCGUCGCGCUAAUGAAAUCAAAGGCGAAGUCGUCGCCGUGUGCCGCCGGCCGGCGGUUCUCGGGGUUCUCGGGAAAUGGCUUUUCCAUAUCUGCACUCGUUCGAUACAUAUGUCCGAAUGCGAGAAACCGCUGGCGUAGUUCGCCGUGGCAGUCCACGCGCGCGAGAGAGAGAGAGAGCCGCUUCGGAACAAUUACAAAAUGUCACGCGAGGGAGAGCGCGGAGUGAAAAGAGGCAGGAGCUGGAACGGCGACCGAAGGAAGGCGCCCGCGCGUUUGUAUUAUCGUCCGCUCGCGUUCAUGUCGCGUCCGCGCCGCGUUAUUGUCUUGCGGAUGUCGCGCAACGCGAUACUUUUGUUCAGACGCGACGCGACAAGACCGCUCCCCAGUCACUCGCGCAUUGGACAGGACAGGUAGAGCGCGGCGUGCGCGCGUGAGUGCAAAGCAUGCGAAAACACCGCCGCGACUUUGGAGCCGCUCAACUAUGACACGACGACCCGAUUAAAAGAAACGACUCGCGGCGAUGCUCUCGCGGCUUGACUGCCUGCUUCGCUUGUUUUGUUGUGCGCGAUAACGAGAAUGCUCUUUGUUUCAAUCGCCAUUGCGAUUGCGAUUGCGGAAGAGAGCGAGCGAGAGAUUUAGGGAUGUCUCCUCUUUUGUCGUAGGUAACAUCGUGUAUCUCAGUUAGUAGUGGGCGGGGGUGGUGCUGUGCUGGUGCUCAGCGAGCUUGAAAGCAUGGCGGCCAGGCAACAGCGGGAGAUUGCUCAGCAAAGGCGCCUCCUGGAGCAGAGAGAGGCCCGCUUAGCCGUGCUUCGAGGCGCACAGGAGCCAGCACAGCAGGACAAGCUCGCCAGAUUGAAGCACAGGCUGGACCAGCAGCAGAGCAAGCUGAAUCGACUGCGGCUGCUCAGAUCGCAGACGGACCAGUCUCGCGCCAACAAUGCGACGUUGACAUCGGACCUGGACUGCAUCAGGGCGCUGUUCAACGAGAAAGAGAAGGAGCUCUCGUUGGCGGUGGCGAAGGUGGAGGAGCUGACGCGGCAGUUGGAGGAGCUCCGGGGUCGGCAGAAUGCCGUCGACGUCGGUGGCGGCGGAGGAAGCGCUGGCAGCCUCGGCGGAGGUCUCACGGGUGCUACCGGCAAUGGGCACCUAGUCACCCCGGCCAGCGCGGAGUUGGAGAAGCUCAGGAGAGAGCUUAUGUACCGCAACAAAAUGAAUGAGCAGCAGAACCAAAUGGUGUCGCAGCAACGUCUGGCUCUGGCGCAGAGGCAGGCCGAGAUGGCGUCGAUAGACGCGCGGAUAGCGCAGCUUCAGAGUCGUCUUCAGCGGAAGAGAGCGCUGAACCAACGGCUGAGUCAUCAGCUGGGCUCGGGCUCCGGCCGCGUCGGUGCCAAUACGACAGGCUUCCCCGAGACGAAGCUUGACGGCUUCAACAACGGCGGCAAGCUGAGGCCGGCUGGGAACAUCGCCGCGAUCGAGCCGUACUCCCAUAUACCCAACGACAAUGACUUUAACCUCAACAAGAAUGAUCCAAAGUACCAGACACUGCCGUAUAACACCAAGUUCACAGUGAACUUCAAGGCGAUAGAGGACGACGUGAACAAAAAUAAGAUACAACACUCGGCCAGCGCCUCCCAGUUGGGUCAGCGGCCGGCCUUUCAGCAAUAUGGCCACCAAAUCGUUCACAGCCAGUCACAGUCGCACAUUCAGGGUCAAUCCCAGUUAUUAGGAAGUAAUCAACAGCAACAGCAGCAACAACAGCAGCACAAUCAAAAUCUCGGCAAUCAAGCUACAACGAUCCAGUCGAGUUGCAACUAUAACAAUAACAACAACAAUAACAACAAUAACAACAACAACAACAAUCUCAUCGGUGGUGGCAGCGCGCACAGCUUUAGCCCGGACAAUCUGUCGCAGGGUCUUCGUCUUCACCAAGGCCAUCUGCAACAGCAAUCGCAGCAACAACAGCAGCAGCAACAUCAGAAUGGCAACGGAGGUCAGCAAAAGCAACACAACGUGACCGGCACGGCGUCGAGCGGCGCGUCGACGAACCUCGGGGUCACUGUCUCGUCGAUCUCACAGACGCAGAACCAUCGCAACCUGCAGACCAUCCAUCAGAAACCGGUAUCGAGCGUGGCGCCUAGUUUCUCCGUCAAGUCGCAAAUCUACCAGACGUCCUCGACCAAGAUCCACCCGGUGAUGCCGCAGACGUUGAGUCUACUAGGUCGCGGGCAUACAAACAACGCGCCAAACUACAACAUUGCAGGUCUCAACGUGCAGCCGAGCAAUAAUCAACAGCAGCAUCAGCAGCAACAGCAGCAGCAACAGACCACAACCACCAGCGCACAGCUGGUACAACCCAGCAAUGUCGGCAACCAGGAAACGAUAAACUAUAACGCAUCCAGACACGGUUACAUGCCCGGGUCGCAGCAGCAGCAGCAGCAGCAGCAGCCGCAGCAGCAACAACAGCAGCAACAGCAGUAUCCGAAUCAGACGAGUAUCCACAAUACGCCUUCAACAAACAUCUAUCAGCUCCAAAGAGAGUCGUCGAAUCUCACUUCGAUUGGUCUUCAUGGCAGCGCCGCAGCCACCUUCAGCAACAGCUCGAGCGCGCAGAGAUACAAUCAGCCGCAGCUGUCGUCCGGCUCGAACUUGGAGUCGCAGAGCCAAGAGCCGCAGAAUCAAAUUCUGAACAGUCAGAAGGUGAAGUUCGAAUCGGCCAAAACUCAAGACAAGUUCGAGCAUACCGUGUUACCGCCCAAACACGAGCAACAGCAGCAACAACAACAGCAGCAGCAGCAGCAGCAGCAGCAGCAACAGCAGCAGCAGCAGCAGCAGCAGGUCAAUAGGUACGACACGAGCCUCGCCAAGUACGAAUCUCAGCAAAUCAAGUACGAACAGCACAGCAAGUACGAGCAGUCAGCGACGACGGUGCAGCCGUCGAAGCUGUACGAGCAACAGCAGAGCAAGCACGACCAGGUUGCUGUGAGUCAAGCGAAGCACGAGCAGCAACAGCAGCAGCACCUCAACGCCAAGUAUGAGUCCGCUCGGGAUAACACGCAGCAAUACAGCAAACAGGAGCAGCAACAGCAGCACGAGAGCAGAUCAUCGAACAAGUACGAUCACAACGCGGCGUUCAAACACGAGCCUGCCGGCAAGUACGACAGUAACGGCCAAUACAAGACGGAACAGCAGAGCAGCAAAUACGAAGGCGGCCAGAAUAAAUUCGACGGCUCCAAAUACGAGCAGAAUUCCACGGCGAAGCACGUGGCCGAUCACGUGGCCAAGUACGAGAUUCCUGUGAAAACGGCUGACAAGCAGCCCUUCGAGUUCGACAGAGCGAAGAGCGACGGCGAGAGGAAGAGCUUCAACGAGCCGCGGAUGGAGGACAAGAUGAAGCCGGCGUUGCCGCCGAAACCGAGCAAGCCCAAUCCACCGCCGAGAUUGACUCAUCACGAGAAGAUCGACGCGCUACCGGACGGGAUGAACGAUUGCAAGCUGACCAAUGCGAAUCUUAACUCAAGAUCGGAUAAGGACGAGGAUAUACCGCCGAUCCCCACAUCGGAGCCGCCUGAUUCUCCCACGGAGACGCAGCUAGCCAAUCAUCAGAUCAUCAAGGCGCGACCGCUGAGCCUGAAGAAGGUACCGAUAUCGGAACAGCCGAAGCUGAGAUAUGCCAAAUCUAAUGUUCACGUGUCGAUAAAUCGGCGGAUUGAGAUGCCCCCGGCCUUUCUCUUCCCGGAAACGGAAAUCCCAGCGGAUCUCAUGCAGACCGAGCAGCAGCAGCAGCAACAACAACAGCAGCAGCAGCAACAGCAGCAGCAGCAGCAGCAGCAGCAGCAGCAGCAACAACAGCAACAACAACAGCAGACCAUCGACACUACAGACAAUUGUAAGAGCAUCACCGCUAUCGGUGAAGAUAUCGGCGACAGCGAGAGGUUGGAAGAAUCGGAUAUCGUCGACGCGCUCAAUGUCAUCAACAUCGACGACAAAUCAACGAAGAUGAAGACUGACACGGAACUAUUGGGCACCGACAUGGAUGUGGACGGAGGCAAGAUAUCGGAAGUGAUGAGGAGGAAGAAAGGAAAUCUCAAGUCGAGCACAGGCAAGGUCAAUCUAUCCAGGCGGGUAUCGUUCGACCCACUGGCGCUGCUGCUCGACGCUAGCCUCGAGGGUGAGCUCGAGCUCGUGAAGAAGACCGCCAAAGAGGUGGCUAACCCGAGCUCUGCUAACGACGAAGGCAUCACCGCUCUGCACAACGCGAUAUGUGCCGGUCACCUCGAGAUCGUCAAGUUCCUCGUGGAGUUCGGCUGCGACGUAAACGCUCAGGACAGCGACGGAUGGACCCCGUUGCACUGCGCGGCCAGUUGCAACAAUUUAUCGAUGGUGAGAUUCUUGGUCGAGCACGGCGCCUGCAUCUUCGCGACCACUCUGUCAGAUCACGAGACCGCGGCGGAGAAAUGCGAGGAGGACGAGGAGGGAUUCGACGGAUGCUCGGAGUACUUGUACAGUGUUCAAGAGAAACUGGGCAUCAUGAACAACGGUCAGGUCUACGCGGUCUUCGACUAUGAGGCGCAGCAUGCUGAUGAGCUCUCGUUGAAGAAUGGCGAUUCUGUGAUCGUGCUGCGGAAAGGAGACGACAACGAGAGGGAAUGGUGGUGGAGCAAACUCGGUCACAAGGAAGGCUACGUACCUCGGAAUCUGCUGGGGUUAUAUCCCAGAGUGCAGCCAGCGAAAGCGGAUUAAAGGAUCUCGUGUUCGCAGGAUAUCCAGGACGAUUACUACAGUAUUUGAUUUGCAGCUUUAUCUUGUUAAUUGUUAUCCUACGAUGUAGGCACAUUUUAGUAGCAUUAUUUAAUAGCAUCUCACUGCGACAUGCGGACACUACGGAUCCUCGCGCGAGCGAGAGUCCGCGCGCGAUCUUGUAACGGAGUAGUAAUCUCUUAAUUGUGCACGGCGUAUGUCAUUGUUUUUUUUUUUUAAUAUUUUUUAAAAGCGGGUCGCACAUCACAUUGUGGAACUCGAGCGGCGAACCAUUACGAUCUGCCGUAAACUGAACGAAUGCGCUUCGCGAUCUGUUCGAUUUUACCACACUCGCCACAGUUUACUGUCGGUCGCACAUUCACAUUCUCAACUUCACUUUCUGCCCGAAAGUUUAGCUAAGAAUUAGUGGCACACCUCUCUCUCUCUCUCUCUCUCUCCCCCCCCCCUCUCUCUCGUACCGUUUACACGUUCUCGUGGAGCAUUAGAUCAUGUUAUAUAUCUUGCUGUACUUAAUUAUUCAAUAGUCACGCGUAGCAACUGAUUCAUUUGCUUCUCGGGAAGUGAUACUUCUAUGUAUCACGCAGUUUGUGCAAUAAUUGACGGAAAAACGGCAUUGACCCUUUUGAAAAUUAACGAAUGAAAAAUAUUUGUUAAUAUAAUUGCAAAUGCUACAAAUAUAGCUGUAAAUUAAGCGUUAAAUAAUUGUAUUCGAUUGUAAAUCUUCACCAAUGUUGUUGCAACUGACUGUUCUUGCCAAUCAAGCUCCCGCGACGCGAGUAAUCAAGCUCGUCACUUGUGUUCGCGUGUAAGUGUACUUCGUAUCUUUGUACUCGUACAAAAUUGUAAUUUAAGUUUCGGUCGCUCGCACACUGAUGAAUGGAGAUUUAACAAGUUCUAACGUUCUCUGUAUUUUCGCUCAAGAAUGAUCGAGUUGAGAUUUCACGGAAAAAAAAGAAACAGUGCUGUACACUUAUCUUUCGUCGAUUCUCGGCCAGCUUGUGAUUCGCGCGAGCAUGGACAGUACGAGUUUUUACUUCGGUCUUAAUUUGCUUCACCUAAAUGUUCGAGUUUAGAUGAGGUCAGAUUAUAUCGUUACGUGUCACUUAAUCACGUUUGCCGAAAAUAUCGAAGGGGACCUUCGGCCGAUCUCUAAUCUCGAAGUCGUUCCUAGAGACGUAAUCUUGCCAGUAUGCACGGUAAAAUACGAUACGAUAGGAUUUACAAAUGGUGUGCAGAUACGCGGAAAGAUGUACGAAGUAUGACACGAAAGGAACACUAAUGAGAUAUUUCGAUUUAUCGGCCCGGAACACAUACCGAUUCUCGGUAAUGCCUAAAAAUUUAUGCAACAUUUGAACAGGCAUGUACAAAAUUGCGACCGGAUAUGCCGCAACGUCAGAGAUUUUCCAAGUACCAUUAUUAUAUUGUGCUCUUAUGACAAAUCUGUACAGGCGUGUGAUGUACACGAACGUAAGUCACUCGGAAGAUUUCUGAUCGCUGGUUAAAUGAAAUAUGUGCCUUUCGAAAGUAAUAAUGGAUAUAUUAGAAUAUAAGGACUCACACACACACACACACACACGAUAUAUUAUGACGAAUAAAUCGUUUUUAAUAAAAAGAAUACACACA